GUCAUCGUAUUUUUCUAGACGCAGCUGACGAUGUAAACAAGAGAGGGCCAGGGAUCAAAUUGUCCAUUGUCAUUGCAAAUGAUAAAUACCGACUUUGCAUAAAACGCUAAAAUGGGGCUCCCUGUAACAAUUAAGGUCAAUUUCAGAGGGAAUGUGAAACGAUUCUUGGCUCCAGAUUUGGACAAAUCGGAAUGGGAGUCGGUGGAAGCUUGGAUCAGAGCGUCGUUCGGAAUCAGCCAUUUUCAAGUAAAAUAUUUUGAUGAGGACAAUGAAGAGGUUUGCAUAAACAGCCAAGAGGAAUACGAAGAAGCCAUCAAGAGUGCAGACAAGCAGGGGAACCAGUUACACAUGAAUGUUUACAAGAUGAAGGGCCAGGCCUGUGGCGGCCCACUGAAGACCGAGGUGAAGGAGCUGAAGGGGGAUCUUCGACCUGCCCCUCCAUACCCUUCAAGGGUCAAGACCGUGGAUAUAGGCACACAGGUCACCCCCGAAAAAGAAGCUGUGAUUAUGAAAGAUACUAAGGCUAGCAAACCGGAAGAUGAGCCCCCUCCUGUUUGGUUCAGAUCAUACAUGGAGAAGUUUAAGGAUGAGGUGGUAAAAGAGGUGGUGGAAAGGAUGUGCAAUGACUUUUCUGGCCAGUGUUGCACCCAUAAAACUACGAGUGAGCCCGCUGAGGCCCCAGGAGCUAGUGUUGAUGCCGUGGGGCCCAAGGAUGCACCCUCCACCUCUAAUGCAUCCCUUGGUUACACCCCCAACUGCAGCAGCUGCAACAAGCUCACCUCUGAAGGGGCCUACAAGUGCAGUGUAUGUCCAUCCUGCAUUUUGUGUGAGAUCUGUAGACAUAGCCAUGACCCCAGUCACAACCUAGUGAGAACCAAGACACCUCUCUCUAUCCCUGAGCAUGGAAUGUCUGGAGAAUUAAGGUUCCCAAGGAGAGGAGACAGAACAGUGCGCAAGGCCGAGCGACAACGCCUCAAAGCUGAAAGGAGGCAGUUGAGAGCAGAAGUUAAGGAAAUCAAGAAGAAACUGAGACUAGAAAAGAGAGGGCUUCAGUGGAGCGGGCCCUCUACCUCUGGCAGAACCAACCUGACAAACAUGGCCUCUGCCUCCACCCAGGCCCCAGCCCUGCCCCCCGCAGCUGCCUCAGAAACAGCCUCAGGUCCAGCCCCAGCUCAAGGUCCCAUCCCUGCCCCGGGCCCCGACCCCCAGGCCUCCAGUCCAGAGGGUCCCGGGGUCUUGCACACCUCCUUGGUGCCCACUAUGGCUGCCUUGUUUCUGGAUGAAAAUCUGCCCGAUGGCACCCGUCUGGAGCCUGGUACCAAGUUCAUCAAAUACUGGAAGAUGAGGAACUCGGGCAAUAUCAGCUGGACCUCGGAGACUAAGCUGAAGUUCAUGUGGGGCAACUUGGGCCUCGCAUGUGAGGAGAAGAGAGAGGUGCCAGUUCCCCUGCUUCAGCCUGGACAAGUAGGCGUGGUCAGUGUGGCAUUUGUGGCCCCGGUGAUGGAAGGGACAUAUACCUCCCACUGGCGCCUGGCACACUGUGGGAGUCAGUUUGGUCCGCGUAUAUGGUGCAGCAUCGUGGUCGACCCAGGCAACGGCUGCAACGCUCUCAGUCAUCAGAGCAAAAGACUGAGGGAAGAGGUGAGGCCAUUAGAGAAGGAGGAGAGGUCAAGGGAUGACGGCUCUGACGUGUCUGCAGACUUCAGCCACAGAGACUACUACUUCCCCUCGGUCGACCUGCUUACUGCACAGGAUCUGCUGUCAUUUGAACUGUUGGAUAUAAACAUUGUACAGGAGUUGGAGAAAGUGCCAAACAACACUCCAGCUGAUUUGACACCCUGCAUGUCCCCUCUGCCCCAUGAUGCACCAGCACUGGGGAAGGUCGACCCCUCACAGAUAAAAGAAGAUACAGAGGUCAAGGGGGUCAGAAACCUUUUUGGAAUGAAGCUGAAACCCCAAAAGAGGUUGUUGGAACCUCCAACCCAUGAGGAGGAGAGGGAUGAGGAAAUCAGUGGGGCCCAGUUCCUCUGUGAGACAGUCAUCCGCUCCCUCACCCUGGAAGAGGCCCCUGACCACAAACCACCAAGAAGAGUCCAGCACAACAGCCGCAAGCCACAGGUUUUCUGUACUGUUUCCCGGGGCGGUGGCUUUUACUUUGAGAGAAGUGUGGAGGCUGAGAAGAUGGACAAGAUUCCAGGAGUCAAUGUGGAGCUGACUGCUGUUAAAUUAGAAAGUUCAGCCCCACCUCCAUACCCAGCCCUCCACCUGAUCACCAUGCAGGAGGAGGAGACUGGCCCAGACGUUUCUGAUGUGGCCCCACACAAUGAAGACCAGCAUAUCAACCCAAACACAAUAAAGGAGGAGGACAAAGAGGCAGCAGGCUUGACCAAGACUACACAAGAGAUAAAGGAGACUAGAGAGGAAGUGAGAGGGGAGGAUGGGGCCAAAGAAGAAGAGGACUGGGAUGAGGUCAGCAGCCAGGCCUCUUCAGUUUCCUCUUGCGAGGAUUACAUCAUUAUCCUCCCUGACUGCUUUGACACCAGCCGGCCACUGGGAGAGUCUAUGUACAGCUCUGCCCUGUCACAGGACGGUACUGCUGUUGGCUCAGCCAAUCAGGAAUCUCAAGUUGAUAAGGAUGAAGAGUCUGACUCUGAGUCAGAGGAGCUGGGCAGAGCUGCGCUGGUGAGAGAGAAGUGGGAGAGGUCAGAACCAGUGAACACUGUGGGGUCCUGGGCGACUGCACUGCCUCCAGCUGUCCACCCCAUCCACAGCAGUGUGAACCAGAUGCUAUGUGCCUCCCAGACUCUGGACGCCAUGACUCUCACCCCUGAAGUGGUGCCACUGCAGCCACUGCCUGAUGCCCUGCUGCCCCUGCCUGCCCUCCACUCACCCAGAUCUGAGGCGCUCUACCUGGCUGAGGAACCCAGUCCUCCAGCCUGUAAACCAUAUGAGCAACAACAACCAGCAGUCUGCCUAAAUAUAUCAUCUGGUCUGUCCAGAUCAGCAGGCUCAGCAUCCAGUGCCUUUGAGACGUACAACCCCAGACCCAGCAAUGCACUGCAGCCAAGGGGCCAAGGAGGCAUCACUGAAGGUCUAGUCAAGGGGGCCCUCUCUGUAGCGGCAUCCGCAUAUAAGGCUCUCUUCACUGGACCAAACUGCUCGAUACAGCGAGGCAUUGACCCUGCCGCCAAACAGGACCCUUCCUUGAUGGCGAUGCUGCUGGAGAUGGGCUUCAGAGACCAGCGUCUCAACCAGCGCCUGCUGAGGAAGCACGGUUACAGCCUGCUACACACCGUCAAUGAGCUGGUACAGAUGGCCGAGGACAGCCACAACGAGCCUGUCGACACUCAACGCUAAGGAAAGGAAUUGCAAUGGGAUGAGGACCUUGAAGCCUGUGCAAAGGUUGUUAAUUGGACAGCCAUGGUGUGAUGUGUGUAACCUUCGACCCCCUCUAAGCAUAAUAUUCACAGAGGAGAAUAUUGACAAUUGGAAGAAGAAAACAAAGCAGCCCAAAUAUAUCAAUUCUAUGAUUUUUUUUUCACAAUGCCUUGCAAUACAUUUUGAAUAGGUUCUUUUGGAGUGAAACCAAUGUAGCUUGCUUGAUGGAGGAAAACAUUGCUUCACGAGUCAGAAAUGUUUCAGGGGUGAUAUUUUCCAAAACACUGUUGAUGACUUGAAGUGGAAAGAGUGCUUUUUAACAACCCCUUCUCUUCUCCACGCAUUUAAUGUGGCUUCAAAGAUCUUACAGGAGUUUGAUGGAAUUAACCAUGUGCACACUUUAUUUGAAAUAAACCUGAUUGGGCCGAUCAAGGUGUUAGCUCAGCCUUUUGCCGUAUCUUCCCUUCUGAGACCACAGAGCUUUAUGUCUCGGUCAAAAAGACGAGGGGUUGUCAUUUUUGACUGGACAACAAAUGUGUGUACUCCCUUCCUCAUCUUAGUGUGGGUAUCAUGGCUUCUAACUCUGUCUCCGGCAAAUAAGCUUUCAUUGUCCAUCCUGUUUGACAGGGUGAAGCUAGCUUCUCUUCUUGUAUAGAACAGGGGAGAUGAAUAUUGUUGAAUGUUGUCAAAAAAAAAAAACUUUCGAAAAGCCAAUCUAUUUUAAGGGUGUUACUUGGACUACUUUUUAUGGAUCUCCUGAGUGUUAUGGGUCAUUAUGUAGGAAAGACCAACAUAGAUUUCAGAUUCCUUUGAUUAUAUUGAUUUCUCUUGAUUAUAGUAGUGAAUCUGCCUAAACAAUGCAAUCUUUUCUGUAUCGGAGUACUGUUAUUUUAGACGUUGACAUGUGGAAUGUAUACAAAUCUGUCCAAACGGAUCACUGUUUAGACACAGAUGUUUUCUACUGCUUUCUAGAAGAUGCCUGCAUGACAGGUAGAAGCUUAGAGAUGAGUAUUGUUCUUGUGGUCUUAGCAGAGUCACAAUGGAAAAUACCCACUUUGCAUUGACCGUUCACAACAUGUCCCCAUUUUCAUCCACUCUCACACACCCACCAUUUAACAACUAGCAACCUGUCGUGUUUUGCAACUUUUACAGCGCUAACCUAACCCAAGACCUCUGCAAAGACACAUUCCUGAAUCUUGUAAAGGAACCAAGUUUGCUUUUUUUUUGUGUGUGUGUGUGUGUUGUUUUUAUGAAUGAGGAUCACAGAUCUACUGACCAAUGUUCAACUGUUGAUGUUUCACAUUAUGUUGUGGUGUGAGUGCACAGGUUGAAAUUAACAGUCGCCUCUGCCUUUUGUGUGUUGGUGUGUACCAUUGUUUGCUUGACGAGGAACAGUCAUUGAGACAAUUGGAACCAUAUUUUUACUUAAUCCAUAAGGCGUUGUGCUCUAGAGAUUAAUGCUGAAUAUAUAUGCUGUGCUUGUGAAAUAGAUCUAUCAUAGUGUACACAUUAAUACCCAGCUACUGUCAAUCUCCCAAUAAAUGAUUUGCACAACACAAA